AUGGCUACCAUCAAGACCGUACUGUCCUUCGAGGGUGAGCGCGAGCUUGUGACAGAAGUACGUGCCCAUGAGCUCGUCCAGACGUAUGCUGAUGCAGAGACACAGGAACUGCCACCGGCAUUUACACACAUAACACUGCGCAACAAGAGCUAUACACUCGAAGCUGCACGCGUAAUUGCUGCCUUCUUUUCGCGCCUUGAAAUGCGUGGCGCUUUUGAAAGGCUCACGAGCGUAGACUUCGCGGAUAUGAUUGCUGGUCGUCCUGAAGAUGAAGCGCUGCAGGUGCUGUCAACGCUUUGCGAUUCACUCAGCGCUAUCAAGACACUGACGCGCAUUGACUUGAGCGACAAUGCACUGGGUGAAAAGGGCGUUCGUGCUUGUUUUGGGCUGCUACUAAAUCAGGAGCAGCUGCAGCACAUUUAUUUCUGCAAUAAUGGCAUCUCAGCGGCAGCUGCGAAUGUAAUUGCACAAGAGGUACUGCUAUUCCGUGGUCAAGAUACGCCCACAAAACUUGAAACUUUCCACUUUUACAACAACAUGAGUGGAGAUGGUGGAGCUAUAGCAUUAGCCAAGCUGUUGCCAAUGUCCCCAGCGUUGAAAGACUUGCGAUUCUCCGCCACGCGUGCACAGAGAGAAGGAAGUCUGACGUUUGCGCAGGCGUUAAAUUCUCUUCAAAAGCUCGAGAAACUCGACCUUAGUGACAACACAUUUAAAACGUCUGGGGGUAAAGCGAUUGCUGCAGCUGUCAAGAACAUGCCCAAUUUACGGGAAAUAAACCUCCGUGACGCUGCUAUUGAAGACGAUGGUCUAGUUGCAAUUGUAGAAGCGAUGGUCGAGGCCGGGGCAGUUGAUACUCUUGCAGAGCUGGAUGUUUCUGGUAAUGAUCUGACUGCUGACAGCAUGCAAUCACUAGGCCAGCUACUUUGUGUCAGCACUGCUCUGCGCGUCUUGCAGAUGGAGGAGAAUGAGAUUGGAUCAAAGGGCGCCAAAGUCAUUGCCAAGGCUAUAACUACAGGAUCGCCUUUGCUGGAGCGAAUUGUCGCCAAUGUGAAUGAGAUUGGGGCCUCUGGUGCACUUGCGCUUGUGAAAGCUGUUGUGGAGAAGAAAGCAUUUGUAAAACUUGAUAUGGACGGCAAUCAGAUCUCGGCUGAUGGUGUGGCAAACAUUGAGGAGCUGUUGGAAAGUAAAAAUAGAAGUGACAUGCUUGGCUCAAUGGAUGACAAUGAUGAGGAUGAAGAAGAUGAAGAAGAAGAGGAAGAGAAGAACGAGGAUUCUUUGAAACAAGUGACAUCGAUGCUUGACAAGGUGACGAUUAAAGCAGUUAAUACCUAA